AUGAAGUUGCAAGCUAACUGGGCGCCUCAUUCACCCACCUCGGUACUUGUUGUAGUUAUUGGUAUUUUAGUUCUCUGCGCACCAAUCGCCUGCGGAUGGCGUUCUUUUGAGGUCUUCUUCACCUCUUUUCCUUACCAAUACAACUCUAAGCUAAUAGACGUUAAGAUGAAUAUUCACAACAACACUGCUGGUGACACAUACUUGGCCAUAACGUUGCAAGUGCAUGAAGAUAUCGAUGGUAUCAAUCUUAAAUACGCUACUUCUCUCGAAUUGGAUGAGGGCAACUUUACAACAAUCGUCAAUCGUUCAGUCAGCUUCUGCAAAUUUCUCAAACAGCAUUCAAUCGAACCAGUAUUGCGUGGCAUUUACGAAGAUAUACUGAAACAGGGUGAUUUCAUCAAGCGUUGUCCCAUUAAGAAAGGCGUCUACUCGGUGCAUGAAUACCGCAUCGAUGAGGAAGUUUUAUCCAGUUAUUUGCCCGAAGCAGGCUUCUCUGUAUACAUCAAACUGACCAAGUUCAAUCGGCAGCUCCUCUUCGAUGGCACGCUGCAUGGAAAUAUCGAUAAGUCGAAGGGAUUCAACAAUUUGAAAAUGUUCAGUUUAGGAUGA